AGCCAUGAAGAUGCUCGCCUGCCUCGCUGCCAUUCUCUUGGUGGUGCUACAGACCCAAACUGAUGCACUCCCAGUAGGAACUGAGGAGGAUCCAGUCCAGGAGCAGACAGGGGCAGAGGACCAGGAUGUCACCACCCACUUGACACAGACUGAAAGUCCUGUUCUUGAAACUACAGGGCCUGUGAAGAAUGUCACCUGCUCUUGUCGAGCUAGAUUCUGUUACAGACAAGAACGUGUUGAAGGCCCCUGCAACAUUUUUGGUAUGAAAUUCAUACUUUGCUGCUAUUGAGCAUCAAGAACAGAGGAUAAAAAGGAGCUCAUAAUUUGCUUUGACACCUAGAAGA